UGAUGGCGGAAGUGAAUGUAGAGUCGCUGACUGCCGACGGGGACAUAUGUCUAUAUGGGUUUUCCUCCUCCACACCAGGACCUGCAGAGUUCGCUUCUCAGUUCCAGAGUCAGGUUAUGUUUUGUGAUAGAAAUGCGGACCAGGAUCGUUCUAGGAUUUGUGUGCAUUUUUCACCUCGCAGGAUUAACCUCAGCUGACUCCAUUGACACCUUCAACAUCUUGGAUCAAGAGGGCAAAAACACUUGUAUUGCAGACUUGAGAUGUUACUUGAGUCUCGAUGAGCAAAAUAAGUUCACCCUCUCGUUUGAUCUUAUUCUAGACAAAAACACCGAAAGGACUAUUUACAAAGUGCUAAUUGAAAAGAUGGAAGAAGGCGACAUUUUGAAGAAGCAACUAUUCCUGUGUUACGAUGAUGUGAACAAGACCGCCAUAUUGACAUCAGAAUGUAACAGCACAACUGUCAUCCCAGCUGGCUUGUACCACAUCGACUAUGUCGUCGAAGUACCAGUAUUUAAGGACAUAGCCUCAAUGAUGAUUUGGGGACCCAAUGGUAUGGGCUGGUACCGCAGUGUAGUGUCUACGUUAUCUUCCUUUCCUCCUAUCACGCUCGGCCCCCCUGGAGGACCUCAGUAGCUGAUCAACAGAUCAUCAUGUUGCCAUUGGGGUUAAUGAUACAGUGAUUUAUCGCUAAGUAUAUUAGUUAUUUCCCAUAACUUAUGACUUACGUUUUUACAAAGGCAGUUAACCUUUCUUAAUAGAAUAUUUAAUAAUAAUUUAAUUUUGACGGACUUCAAUUUAUGAUUGGUGACCAUUUGAUAUAUUUGUACGGUUUUGCUUCAUUUUAUCUAACUGAAAUUUACAAUUUAUUAAGUUAAUUGUAUACGAACUAGAUUAAAUACACCUUCUUGGAAAAUACCAGUGUUUUA